AUGGCUUUGGACAUCAAAUGUUUAAAUGUCACUCUUUCAUUACCAAUUAUACCGAAUAACAAUAAUAUGACUAGUAUUCCUAGUCAUUCUUAUUAUAAUUCGAAUGGAAAAACAAUCUCUCAAUUGAUUUCAUCAUCAUUGGCUCGUUCGACUUUUUCUAUAGAUGAUGUUCGAUCAUUACUGAAAAUGAUCACAUCAAAUAAUACUAAAUCGUUGGAUGCUUCCACUAUUGUUAACUUGAAACCUAUCACGUCUACGAUUAUUUAUACAAGUGUAACUUUGGUAUUAUUUAUCAUACUUUCAUUAUUAUUCUAUAUCAUUUCAUGUAGCAGUUGUUCGAAGAAAAAAUUAAAUAAAAAAAGAACAUGUACUGGAAAGUGUGUAUGUACAGUAUUGAUAUUAUUAAUUGGUUUGAUUGUUAUUGGUCAAACAAUUUAUAUUGUCUAUCAAAUCAGCAGAACAACAAACUAUCUCGAUGAUUCAAUUAAAGAAACAAAUCAAGAAAUUUAUCCAAAAGAAAUUUCUCUAUACUUAGAACAUCUUCUUCGACAAAUGAAGCUACUCGAUCAAUAUAUGACUCAGACUGAUUCUAUCGUAAUCGAAGCUUCGAGAUCGAUGCUUGUUAAAUCAUUUAAUGAAAUUUUUUCAAAACAAUACUCUCUGGAUAUAAUCCGACAGUCGGUGGAUGAAAGUGAUGUACAUAUUAAAGAAUUGAAUGAACUCAUUAAUCAAGAAAUAAAUUUAUUACCGGGAACGAUCGAUGUAUUUGCAGAAAUACAAAAUCAACAUCGAGAAAUGAUUGAAUAUUUAGAAAUACCAUUACAAGAAUUAUGCGAUUAUGCUGAUGGUAGUGAAAUAGAAAUUGAUAAGACAAUUUUACAUGCAUUACAUCUUAUUCAUGAACAAUUAGAAAAAAUAAUUGAAAAAAUUGAAAAUGAUUUUCUUAGUUUUUUGAAUCCAUGGCAAAAUGCAAUGUUAAUGAGUGAGAGUUUAGAAGAACAAAUUCGAUGGUAUGUUCGUCUGGUGAAAACAAUUACCAUCGUUUUGGUUCUUACUUUUGGUCUUAGUCCAAUCAUUUUUUUUGUUAUCGUCAUCGUAUGUUGUCGAAAUCGUUGUCAUCGAAAACAUCCAUUACCGAAGCAUCGCAUGAAUAAUGAAAAAGAAAACAGUCGAACUACAGAAGUAUUGAUAAACGUAUCAUCGUCGAAAGAUUCCUCCAAUGCUGUUCGCUGUUGGAUGCGAAUAUUUUUCUUUCCAUUGAUGUGCAUAUUGAUUGUAAUAAUUCUUCUUACGAGUAUUUUAUAUACUGUAGAUCUUUUUGCUCAAAGCACUUGCCGAACAGUUCACGAUGAUCAAUCAUUUCUGAUUUCGUUUCUCAUUGAUGAAUUACUUGGACCAAAUAAAAAUGAAUUGAUUGUUGGUGGAUUUGAUGUAGAAACAAUAUUCAGAACGAUUAUAGACGAUUGUGGAAAUCAAAUACAUUUUAGUGAACAUUUUUUUGGUAAUCAAUUAAAUCCUUUGCAAACUGAUGUUGAUCAAGCAAUGAAUGAGUUAAAUAAGAAAAUCGAUGAUAAAUUCAAUGCUUCGAUUACCGCUAUUAGUAUUACAUCAGAUCUUGAACGUCUUGACCAGUUCUCUAUGAUAAUUAACUCAACCGAAAUUCAAAAUAAAAUACAAGAAAUACGCAAUGAUUUGCAAUACCAGAAAAUAUUAUUAAUCAAACGAUCAAUGACUUCGAAACGUAUGUGA